GGAAAUUUACACCGCCUGCGCGAGCGCAAGCGUUCAGUUUAAAGUGGAUGUUGUUAUUGUUUGCAUCUGUGUUGUAUUUGAAUUCCGCUUUUAGUGGCAGCGAAGAAAGUUCGAUUUUGUCGCGAAAAAUAUUGGUUCGACGGUGUUUUGAAUCGAAUUACAUAAAUCGAUCAAAUUUUAAGUGAUUUCUGUUAUUAAAUUCAGUAAUUUUCACUUUGUUUCUGUCAGUAUUGGAAAAUGGUGUCAGGCGGGAUGACCUGUGUGAAGUAUUUGCUCUUCUGCUUCAACCUGUUGUUUGCCAUUUCGGGUUUAGCAAUAUUGGUUGUAGGAGUAAUCGCCCACCUUCACGUCUAUUCUCAAUAUUCAAACUUUGUUUAUCCGAGCUAUCAGGCAGCACCGAUUAUAUUAAUCACCGUGGGAGUCAUCAUCUUCUUGAUCUCCUUCUUUGGAUGUUGCGGCGCCGUGAAGGAAAACCAUUGCAUGAUAAUAACGUUCUCCGUACUCUUGGCCAUCAUUUUAGUUGCUGAAACCGCAGCAGGAGUUGUCGGAUACAUUAAUCGCAAUGAAGUUGAAGUUAUGCUAGAGAAUAAACUGAAUUCGACAAUGUACAAAUACUACACAAACAGUGAUAUUAGGAGAACUUGGGAUAUUGCUCAGCAUGAGCUCAAUUGCUGUGGCAUGCACGGUCCAGAUGAUUGGCACAAAGUAAACAAUAACGACUCUCUGCCUCAUACUUGUUGCCCGAAUGCUCAAAACGAUGGUAGCUGCAACAAGAACACCGAACACAGCCUGAAUUCGUGCUUCAAUGCGCUAAAAACCUUGCUGAUGAAAUACGCAUCGCUGAUAGGAGCUGUUGGCUUAGGCAUAGCAGGAUUUCAGGUGCUUGGAAUAAUAUUUGCAUGCUCUUUAGCGAGACACAUCCGUAAAGAGUAUGAAACUGUCUAAACAGCAACAUUUGUUGGUUUUCUGAGUUUCAAAUGGAUCGAUCACUUUGUUAUAUAUCUAUUAAAGUUUAAUUAAGAUGUAAUUCACGACGUGUUUUGGGAAACCUUUUACUUGCACUUUCUCUUUGUUGUGUUUUGUUAUAUGGUUGUGACUUUAUCUUAUUUUAACACGUGUUUGAUAAGAGAGGAUAAUGCAAUUAUAUUAUUAUACGUUGUGCAAAAUCUUUGGCGAUACAGUAUUAACAUUUUUAUGUCCAAAAACGUGUACUCUCUUACCUAUUUCACUGGUGUAGUUUUUUUACGAUUACAUUAUGACGCACUAGAUAUAGAUCAAGAGUAUUUUUAUAUUUACCUAAUCACUUUUGGUACAACAAAUAUAUUUAACUUAUUUUAUUCCACAAACUUCCCCAUGUGUUCACGUUCACAGACUGAUUUGUUACACUGUUCACAUUUCGUAAGUUAGUUGUUACAAACCAAAGGUGCAAACGGCAAUUUGUAUUAUUAAGACCACAUAUAUAUGUAUACGUUUAUUUAGUGUUUUUAUCAUGUUUUACGAUAAGUAUAAGUAAUUUGCCAAGUUGUUAAUUUUGGUUCCAAAAGCGAUCAGUCUUCAAACAAACUAGACAUCAAUGUAAAUUGAACACACAAAUAAAUAGCACUUUUUAGAUAAAUUUAAUAUGAAAAAUCGAUUAUUUUCGAAAUGUAACAUUUUACCGAUGGUUUCCAAAUUAUGGGUUUCUGAGCUCAUGUGAUUGGUCCGCAGUUUCUUUUGCCCGUUUUUAUUUUCAAAUAAUUUUACAUUUUACAAAUUGGCGGACCAAUCACAGCUAAUCACGUAUAUCAUGAUAUGUCAUCUUGAAGAAGCAAGAGUCAGAUGGACCAAUCAAUUAGGCACUGAAACCGCAAAUCUGAAUCUUCAUUUUUUUUAGACAUCCACAUAGAAUAUGGAUAUGAUUUAUUACUCUAAGAGGCAUAAUUAUUGUUUCGUUUUCUAAUUGCAUAAACAUUUAAAUUGUAGUAACGUGUGUUUUUUUUUUAAUUGGUAAUGUUAGUAACCGAUAUUUAUAUAAGUACGUACACAAAACAUUUAAAAUGCGUAAGGUAUAUUGUCAUAUUUGAGAAUAAUUGUAGCAGAUUUUAAAAAAUAUAUUUCAUUGUUUUAUUCAUAUUGCGAAGAUAGGCAAUUAUAUUAAUGUAGAUAAUAAAAAAAUGGCAUUGACGCAAGGCUGAAAUAAGUAUAGAGAUGUAUCCCUGGUUUGUAGAAAAAUAAUCUAUGAUUAUAUAAUCGUGUGUA